UUGGAUUUGAUAGUUUGAGGAGAAAGGUUGUUUGUUAGGGACAAAACUGUCCUAACGACUGUAAGUGAGCAUUUUUAUAUAAUUGUAAAUAGCAAUGUGCAAGAAGAAACCCUCUUCGGCUCCUCCCGCCCCACCUCAUUACGACAGAGCCGCCACUCCCGUGCCGCCGGACCGCCGUGAGAGUCAGCCGACGAACAGAUUCCUUUCGAACCCUUGGUAAGCUUCAUCUAUUUCCUAAAGUUAUUUUGGAUGGAGGUCUUUUCAUGAUUUAUUAGGGUGGAACUCAGUGUGAAACGUAGUAUUCAGUGAUUGAACGAGUGCAUAUCUUUUUGUUUCCAAAUUUUCGGAGCCUUUGACAGGAUGCAAUUUAGAAAUCGAAUAAAUUAGAAUUUGGUUUCUGAAAGAGAUGGAAGUUGCUUUUAUGCUCGCGUAUUUUUGCUUCACUGUUUAAAGUCUUGUUUAUUGGCCUUAUAAUAGUUUUAUUCUCUGAUCAAGUGUGAUUUUUGUCUGGUUGAGGGUCUUGAUGGAACAUAGAAUAUGGAGAGAUACACAUUGCAGUUGGUCUGACUGGAAAUGUUUUUCUUUCCCCCCUGUCUGUCCUCUUUUAAUCAUAGAGGAGAUUGUUUUCAAAGUGCCGUGAGGAGGGAGGUCGGAGAAGGAGAUGGGUUCAUAUUGGGUUUGAUGAAGGUGUGGUGAAGGUGGUUUUUUUAAUGGUUGUGGGAAGGAUAAUAGGGAUGGGGGAACUAGUAAACCACAAUUUAUAGGUACUUCAGCAUAGUACUAGUCUCUGAAGCUUUGCCCAAACAGUCCUUCAGCAGUCGAGCUCAGUAAAAAAUGGCGCGUACUGAUAACAACAGCGGUAGGAAGAAACCCAACAUACUCAUCACUGGUACACCCGGAACAGGGAAGACAACAAUGGCAUCGGCACUAUCUGAGGCCACUCAACUUCGUCACAUCAACAUAGGGGACCUCGUGAAGGAGAAGAACUUGCACGAUGGGUGGGAUGAAAAAUUCGAGUGUUACAUCCUCAACGAAGACCUUGUAUGUGAUGAACUAGAAGAUCUAAUGGAAGAAGGUGGGAACAUUGUUGAUUACCAUGGUUGCGAUUUUUUCCCAGAAAGAUGGUUUGAUAGAGUUGUGGUGCUUCAAACUGAGAACUCUGUGUUGUAUGAUCGAUUGACCCGGAGGGGAUACUCAGGUACAAAGCUUACAAACAAUAUUGAAUGCGAGAUUUUUCAAGUGUUGUUGGAGGAAGCAAAAGAGAGUUAUCCCGAAGAAAUAGUUUUUACAAUGAGAAGUGAUACGAUUGAAGAUGUAAACAACAAUGUUUCCAGCUUAUCUGAUUGGAUUAGGAGUUGGAACACUGCAGCAUGAGCUUAUCAUUAUAAUGAAGUGCUUUUGUGGUGAUCCGUGCUGUAAUGAAAAUGUAGUCUGCAUCUCACGGUUGUGUGGAGGUUUGAGAAUGUAGUCUUUUAAGUAAUGAAAAUUGAUAACUUGUACUUGAUACUCAUGGUAUCAUUUCAGUAGUUGUGUGUCAUACCGAUGUUUCUUGUUUCAAAUCUUUUAAACAAGAUAUGAUUCAUCUGUUGGCCUGACGGGGUAUUCUGGAAAGGGUUGGUUGUUAAAGAAUGACUCUUUCGAACUUUACAAUUUUAACCCAUUCAUUGUAUUGUGUUUAUACUGAGGCACUGAUAAACUAAUUAAGCUUUUGCCCUCUAAAUGACCCCGAAACGAUUUCGCUGCAGUCUCUUAAGUAAUGAAAAUUGAUAAUUGAUAAUAGU